GCAUUGAUGGGUGACACUGAAAGGCAGCUCAGAUGGGCACUGAUAUGUGGCAUUGAUGUGCACUGGUAGGCACUGAUAUGUGGCACUGGCACGAGGCACUGAUGAGCACUGACAUGAGGCACUGAUGGACACUGACAGGUGGCACUGCUGGGGCUACACUGGUCAUCAGGGCACACUGAUCAUCACUGAUUACCGGCUCUCCUCUGUCAGCGUUACAUCUCGAGAGGAGAGAAAUGCCGAUAACCGGCAUUUUGUUGUUUACAUG